GCGGCAUCGCUCCCCGUCGUCGCUUGCAGCAGCAGCAGGAGGGAGGGAGCGAGGGAGGGAGGGCGAGGGCGGGGGAGGGCCGAGGACGAGGAGGAGGAGGCAGGCAGGCAGGCAGGCCAGCAGAAGCAGCAGCAGCAGCAGCUGCGCCAGAGAAUAGGAGCGACGAGAGAAGCGCAUGGCGACGCGGGCCUCGCCAGCCUAUUUCAACCUUGCUCGCCCGACCUAAGCGGUUUUUUGUUCCUCGGCUCCGCACGCCCCAUCACUCUCCCCCUCUCUCCAUCUCUCUCUCACUCCCUCUCUCCUUUCCCCUGUCCAUCUCCCUCUCCCUCCAUCGCUUGCUCGCUUGCUGGCAGGCUGGCGUGGCUGGGCUCGAGUUGUGGAGUAUUCGAGUGUGUGUUAGUUUGGUCGAGAGUUUGUCGAGGCGCGGAUUGAGUUCGUGAGACGACGGACGACGAAGAAGGUGGCUCCGAGGGAUUGGGAGGAGGAUUGCGCGAGUGGUUUGAGCAUGGAGGCAGAAAGAGAUCAAGAAGAAGCCACGGGAAGUGGACUGGAAGGACGACGGGCGGCGUCGAGCGGUGGUGCCGAGCUUUGUAGUGGUCGUGCGCAGGGCUCGUUAGCAGCAUUGGUUUGAGAAGGUGGCGAAGGAGGAGGACGAGGAGCUGGCGCUGUUUGGUGCUGGUGCUGGUGCCGAUUGCGCGGCGUCGUAGCAUUAGCAGCAGGCGGGUUGUUGUCGAGUGAAGUGUGAGUGAUUUGGGCAGUCGGUUGUAGCGAGAAGUAGACGUAGACGUGGCGAGGAGCGAGAGUGAGAUUGAGAGCGAGAGUGAAAGGAAGAGAGGACGAGCUCUGGAGUCCCCAUGUCCUCGGAGCUCGUCGUCGGCGUCGGAGUCGAGUACCCGAGCAGGGCAUGACGGAGACGGGCGCUUACAAGCAUUGGGUGGGGAGUCGGAAAACAGCUAGCGGUUCGAUGAUACUCCCGCAGAGUGUUCGAAGUCGCAUCGGAUUGUGGAUGCUGCCCUAGGCGCGUGGAGAGAGAGACACACAGAGAAAGACAGGGUGUGUUUUCCGGAGCGAGCAGAUGGUGAGAUGAACCCUAGAAAUGCCGGUGGCAGCCUCGCGGUGACAGCAUUCUGCGGACGAGGAAUGAGUAGGAUGUGCAGGGCAGGCAAUUGGGGGCAUCGCUUCCGAGACCUACAUUCGGGCAAUUCCACCGCCAGGGCAUGACGGAGGCCAGUGCCGGCAAGUCGAGGAACCAGGGGCACACGAGAGGCCACGACGAGAGGUUCGAGCGAGCAAUUUCCGCGGUCGGUCCGCGCAGCAGCAGCAUCGGCUCGCUCUCGCUCUCGUUCUCGUUCAGCACAGCUUCUCUAUGGGGUGCGCUCACGGCAAGAGCCAAGAUGCAUACUCGCCGUCCGGAAUCGAUGAGUACCCCCGAGGCUAUCAGAGCCACCAGCACCAUCAGCCGAUUCAGAAUCAGCAGCUUCAACAUCAGCAGCAGCAGCAGAAAAUCCCUGUGUCGCCCGUGAUCAUCAAGGAGUUCCGCAAGACGGCGUCGCCCAAGCUGCCAGUGCGCCUGGCGGACAAGGGCACGCCGAAGCUCGAGGCGCUCGACGCGGACGACACCUUCCGGCCGAGCCCGGUCUCGAGGCCAUUGUCGGGCCUGCUGAAUGCGCCGCAGUCGCCCUACUCUUCGGAUCUGGACAUGGCGGACCUGCCGCGGUUCUCGAAAGUGUCGAACACUUUCCUGCCCACGAGUGGCUCGAAGGUGGUGAGCGUGCCCGACUAUGGCUACGAGCUGCGCUACUCGUUCCUCACGCAGCGCGGAUAUUAUCCCGAGGCGCUCGACAAGGCCAAUCAGGACAGCUACUGCGUGCACACGCCCUUCGGGCAGGACGCGAACGACCAUUUCUUCGGGGUCUUCGAUGGCCACGGCGAGUUCGGGACUCACUGCUCGCAGUUCGCGCGCAAGCAGCUAUGCGACAAUCUGCUGCGCAAUCGCCACUUCAAGACGAACGCGCUCAAGGCUUACCACCAGGCCUUCAUCGGCACGAACCUGCAGCUGCACCGGCACCACAUCGACGACUCGAUGAGCGGCACCACGGGCAUCACAGUGCUCGUGCGCGGGCGCACUCUGUACGUGGCGAACGUGGGAGAUUCUCGAGCUGUGGUGGCGGAGCGACGAGGGCGCACUCUGCAGGCCGUGGACCUGUCGAACGACCAGACUCCGUUCCGUGGCGACGAGUGCGCUCGAGUGCGCCUGUGCGGGGCGCGAGUGCUGACAUUGGACCAGCUCGAGGGACUGAAGAAUCCCGACGUGCAGUGCUGGGGCGGCGAGGAGGAUGACGAUGGCGACCCUCCGCGACUCUGGGUGGCCGCCGGCAUGUACCCGGGGACGGCCUUCACGCGCAGCAUCGGUGACACGGUUGCCGAGCAGAUCGGCGUCAUCGCCGUGCCCGAGGUGCUGAUCAUGGAGCUCACGGCGCAGCAUCCGUUCUUCGUCAUCGCCAGCGACGGCGUGUUCGAGUUCCUGUCCAGCCAGGCCGUGGUCGACAUGGUUGCCAAGCACGCCGACCCGCAGGACGCCUGCGCCGCCAUUGUUGCUGAGUCUUACCGCCUCUGGCUGCAGAACGAGACGCGCACCGACGACAUCACCAUCAUCGUCGUGUUCGUCGACCACCUGCGCCCCCCGACGUCCUCCAGCGAUGGCGACGAGGACCUCGACCAAGAGGCGGAGGGCACCCUUCAGCAGCAGGAGCAAGGGGCCGACGGGAAAUCGGAGGAGCAGGAAGCGCUCGUGGUGAAAGGCAAGACGCUGGAUACUCUCGUGCUGGGCGACCCGAAUGGGAGCGCAGGGCGGGGGGCUGGGGGCGAGGGCGUGGUGUCGCCAUUGAAGGUGGAGCAAGGGGGCGCUAACCACAUUCUGCUGGACGGCGUGGAGGAUCUGCGCGGCAGCCGCAAGCAGUUCUUCACAGACCUGGGCGGGUCGCUGCUCGAGCACUCGAGGGAGGCGCAGGAGUCGGGCGAAUUGUCGCCCCUGUGCCUCAAUUCGGCCGAGAAUUCGCCGAGCCCUGCCGUGACAGGGGCGGAUUUCGCCAGAAGGGCCGAGUCUGGGGAUCGGCAAUCCGCCCCAUCCUCCGAGAGUCAGCAGGCUGGCGCUUGACCACCGACGCGAGGAGGGACGGAGGGAUGGAGGGAUGAAGGGGCGGCGCGACGAGGAGGAGGAGGAGGGAGUGAGCUAGCGAGGAUAUAUUAGUCGACGUGCACCGGGGGCGCCGUUUGCAGCAACAUGGGUGGAAUAAAGGCAUCGAUCGGGCCUCUUCUCUUGCUCUCUCCGGCUCUGCUGUCUGUCUUGCUCCUCCCCGCGAUGAUGGAUGGCGGACGGGCCGGAGAGCACCCAGGAAUCUACCGGAAGGCAAAGUGUGGCUGAGUGACGAGGCUCGAGCUCUCCGUCUGUCUGUCGGUGUUUUGUCGGCCGCCGGGCAUAAUUUGGGCAGGAGCAUGGCCGAGACAGCCGAUUCACUUUCGAGUUCGGGGUUCCGGAGAGCAAUGCAGGAUGUUCGGUUGUGCACCUUGGGAAAGGUACCUUGUGCAAGUUGGCGAUGUAUAUACCGUAGAAAUGGUAGUGAAAACCUCUUGACGACAUUGCCUCGAGGGUGCAAAACCUUCCGUCUCUUUCUUCGGCAUGGCUGUGGUUGUGGUGGGUCUGGCCGGCCCCCUUCUCCCUCUUACCGGUGAAGAAGGUGCCCAGUGUGUGCGACCUGAAUCCCCUCUGGUGGAUGUGGUUUGCGAGGAAUGACACCGUGCUCAACCAUCUCGUGCGCCGGUAGGACAUUGAAAAUGAAUGCAUUAUGGGGGUAGCGGAUGGUUGAUCACGGUCCGAUGGCUUGUUCUGGACCUCACGACGGUCGAACGCAGAGCCUCUCACGCGUCUGUCCUCUUCGAUCGGUCUGGGAUCCAGACCCGGGCUUGCUGUGAUAAUGUCAGCCCAGCUGAGCUCGUGGUGCAGGGCUGCUAGGCACAAUUUUUUUUGUUGGUUAAAGUCAGAUCAGAAGAUAGAGUUAAUUGUCAACUGAAAAGUAGUAGUAGCAUUGUCGAUAUAUAAAAUUAACAUGCCUCUUUGGAGGAGUUGAAAGCAUCUGUUACAUUUGC